GGAAGAGAAGAAAGCGGGCGGCUAGGGGGCGGGUUACCACCCUAGCCGGACUCGCCCGGCACGUUGAGGGGGCCCCUGAGUGCGGCUGGAAAGGAGCGGUGCCCGAAGCGGCGCCAAAGAGCCUUGGCUUUGGUGGAGUCUGGCUUUAAAUUACUUAGGGCAACCUGCGUUCAUUAUUUGCCAGGAAGAAAGUGGAGUGGACAUCUCAAGGCUAGCCAUAGGACAACAGAAGCAAGGAUCCUACAAUCAAAAGUGCUUCUGUGCUUAAUCUUUGGAAAAAACUUACGUGAUCUAAUCUGCCAGACUUGGGAAAGGAAAGUAUCCCUGUGGUUGCAGUGAAGAAUCCAGUAUCAUACUGUGGAGUGGUCAAGAUCCACCAGUGUGAGGCAUCAGGCUUUGACCUUUGUUCUGGAAGACGAUCUCAAAGAAUAGACCAUGAUAUAGAUAUAUCACAAUUUGUUUAGUUGUUCAACGUGGAAGGGCAUUUUUGAGUUUUGGUGAUUAUGAGUAGAGCUGCUGUAAAAAUUUACAUGAAAUCCUAGGUAAAGCAUUCAUCGAGUGUAUUAACUUGAUUACUUCCCCCAAAAGAUGCACCAUGAUGAAACGACAGAGACCUUUCAGCAGCAGUGAGAGUUCAGAUGAGUGUCCUUCUACUUCCUUUACUUCUAGCUUAAUGUAUAGGAAGAUGUCAAAAAAUCCCAAGGAACAUAAGAAGUCUGCUGAGGUAUUCCGAAAGGACCUCAUCAGUGCAAUGAAAAUUCCUGACUCUCACCAUGUUAAUCCUGACAGCUAUUACCUCUUUACUGACACAUGGAAAGAAGAGUGGGAAAAGGGAGUGCAAGUACCAGCCAAUCCAGACUCUGUUCCAACACCUUCUCUCAGGAUUAUAUCUGAAAAAGUAAAGGAAGUUCUCUUUGUCCGGCCCCGGAAAUAUAUUCGUUGCUCUAGCCCAGAGUCUGCAGAGCCUGGCUAUAUCAAUACCCUAGAGCUGGCAGCAUCUACCUGCCGCUAUGACCUAGAUGACUUGGACACCUUCUGGCUUCAAGAACUCAAUGAAGACCUUGGAGAAAUGGGUUAUGGGCCAAUUGAUGAGACGCUUAUGGAAAAAACAAUAGAAGUUCUAGAACGCCACUGCCAUGAAAAUAUGAACCAUGCUAUUGAGACAGAAGAAGGACUAGGAAUAGAAUAUGAUGAAGAUGUGAUCUGUGAUGUGUGCCGGUCUCCAGACAGUGAAGAAGGGAAUGAUAUGGUAUUCUGUGAUAAGUGUAACGUCUGUGUGCAUCAGGCUUGCUAUGGCAUCCUUAAGAUUCCAGAAGGCAGCUGGCUGUGUCGUUCCUGUGUCCUGGGCAUUUAUCCACAGUGUGUUUUGUGUCCUAAGAAAGGUGGAGCCAUGAAGACCACCAGAACAGGGACUAAAUGGGCCCAUGUCAGUUGUGCCCUGUGGAUUCCAGAAGUGAGCAUUGCUUGUCCUGAGAGAAUGGAACCUAUCACAAAAAUCUCCCAUAUUCCACCUAGCCGGUGGGCCUUAGUUUGCAGCCUGUGCAAGUUGAAGACCGGGGCUUGUAUUCAGUGCUCUGUGAAAAGCUGUAUCACUGCCUUCCAUGUCACCUGUGCCUUUGAGCACGGCUUGGAAAUGAAGACUAUCCUAGAUGAAGGUGAUGAAGUAAAAUUCAAGUCAUUUUGCCUCAAGCAUAGUCAAAACAAGCCAAAAAUUGGGGAGGCCGAGUACCACCACCAUAGAGUUGCAGAGCAGAGCCAGGCAAAAAGUGAGAAAACCAGCCUGCGGACACAGAAACUUCGUGAACUAGAGGAAGAAUUCUAUACCUUGGUCCAGGUGGAAGAUGUUGCCAAAGAGCUGGGACUAUCUGCAUUAACUGUUGACUUUAUCUAUAACUACUGGAAACUGAAGCGCAAAAGCAACUUCAACAAGCCAUUAAUUCCUCCCAAAGAGGAUGAAGAAAAUGGCUUGGUACAGCCAAAAGAAGAAAACAUACAUACUCGCAUGAGAAUGUUUAUGCACCUGCGGCAGGACCUAGAGAGGGUUCGAAAUCUAUGCUACAUGAUAAGCAGGCGAGAGAAGCUGAAACUGUCACACACCAAAGUGCAAGAACAGAUCUUCGGUUUGCAAGUCCAGCUUCUCAACCAAGAAGCUACAGAAGGACUUUCUUUGGCAAAUGCACUAGAGAACUCAUUGUUUUACCCACCACCACGUAUCACCUUAAAGUUGAAAAUGCCUAAAUCAGCCUCAGAAGACUGCAGAGACAGCUCCACAGAAACAGAGCACCAACCCUCCUCACCUGGCAGCAGCUCACCUGGUCACAAUAAAAGGAGCCCACAAAUGCCUGAGGAGCCACUGGACAUGAAUGUGAAAAUAUAUCCAAGACAUCCACUAGAAAUCAAGAGUAACUGUUUUCUGGCUAGCCGCGGUCAUUCUCGAAGUGAAGCCAAGAGUUCCAGUCCUGCUCGGAGAGCUCCAUCUGCUGAGUUCUAUCAUGGGCAAUCAUUAGGGAAGCCUCUGGCCCUUCAGGCUGCCCUCCAUGGACAGGCUUCUAUUGGUAAUGGGAAGAGUCAGCCUAACUCCAGGCUUGCCAGUUCCAAUGGCCUAGAGGGCAACUGGUCUGGGAACAUCACCCAGAAAGAUAAUUUAGAUGAGAUGUUCUGUGACCAGGAGUCAAUGCUCAGCUCCCACUUGCCCAGUCAGGGCAAUAUUAGAAAAUCUGGCAUAGAACACUUUAGCAGAUCCUUUAAGGAGGCCACCAAUACAUGGGUGAGGCCCACUGAGGACCUCCAGUACUGUGUUAAACCAACUAAGAAUGUGAGUUCUAAGGAGCAGUUGUGGGGUAGACAGAUUCUCAGGCGGUCAGCAGGAAGAGCUCCAUAUCAGGAAACUGAUGGGUAUUGCCCUGAUUUAGAGCCCAGCGAUUCAGAAGCAGAAGGGGAGGGGAAUAAAGAAACAGCAAGGGUAAAGAAAGAAAGCUCUGACCGAGAAAACCCUUCUCAUGAUUCUGUUCGGGAAUGCCAUGGGAAAAGUGAGACACAUCCUCAUUCCCACAGCUCAAUGCAAAGGUGAUCAGAAACACCUAAGUAGCCUUUGCCUUUGCCCCACAUACUAGGGGAAAUCUAAACACCAAAAGGAUUCUAGUGUAUAUUAGGAGGAAUUGCAGGGAAAAUGAUGGUGUGAUGUAUUUGAAAAGGUUUCAGGUCUAGUUUUUAUAAGCACAUUACAAGAGUUGCAGAUUGACUGGGGUUGUUUUGUUGGAGGCUGCUGGGAACAGUUGGGCCCAGAGUAUUUGCUCAGUGAGUACUUCAGGGCUGUUUUUCAGUUAUCUUAACAUACUGAUUAAUCUACGUAUUAAGAAUCCUUGCAUUGUCAAUGGAUUUGCAAGAGAACAUGACAGACACUAAAACUACUUAUCUUUUGAAACUAUAACAUGUGACUCUUAGAGCUCAUGUCUGUAGAAAGUUUCUAAUUCCACUGGUAUCUAUAAACCUCUUUAAGGGAGAGACCAGGAGAGCAGCAUUCUCAGAUACUGUCACUAUUGUCUUCCUUGCUUCAUGCAAGGUUGGGUUUUUUUCACAGUAUCAUAUCGUAUAAAGUCAAUUCUCCUAAGUGUCCAGUGCCUGUUCCUAGACCUGUUUGUUGGGAACACACUCAUAACUCUCUUAUCCAGCUAACAAGCUAACUUGUGGAUAGUGUUUACAAAAGUACUACUUCCAAGGAAAUGCUCUGCUUCUCAAGGCAUUUGCAAAGACUUCAGAGCCUUUCCUGAAGUGUGACCUUUUCUGGGAUAUUUGUACCAGGUCAGGGUUUUUUGUGUUGUUUUCAAAUAAGUUUAACUAAAGUUGGGCUGACAGUUUUUGUAUACCUGCUUUAAUGUUUAUAAAAUUUUUAUUGAGGUAUAAUUAAAAUAUAGUGUAAUGCACAGAGGGUUAAGUAUUACCUGCUUUAAUUUUGAAACAGAUUUUUAUUGUCAAAUUUGAAAACAUGUGUUUAACACAUGGAUAUAAUUUAGCUUUGUAUGAAUUUUGAAUCCAAGGCAAUUUCCCAAGUGUAAAAGUUAGAGCCAUUUUUCAGAACUUGAUUAUACCACAUUACCAAAUAAUCAGCCUUGAUUCAUUUCUAGAAGAAGAGAAUUUUGAAUCAGAGAAUGAAAUAGGUCUGCUUCCCAUUUAAGAUGAAGGGGAAAGUAGCAGUUUAUAAAAAUGUGAGGCAGACUGUAAUUCUCAGCUCCCUUUUCUUCUUAGCCUUAAAAUAAUAUUCUCUUUCUUCUAGUUUGGGAACAUAUAGAGAAAGUUUUCAAACAAGAGGCCAUUUUCAAUUUCUGAAGUUUCAUGCUGGUGAAAGUUUCAUGCUGGUGAUAGCAGCAGUAGGUGCCAGUGAGGGGGGCAGUAGCCAAUGCAGUGGAAUAGUUUGCCCCCUCCUGCUUUUGUUCUUAGAACUUUGUUAAAGGCAUCUUUGGGGUUUUGUUCUCUCUCUCUCUCUCUCUCUCUCUCUCUCUCUCUCUCUCUCUCUCUCUCUCUC